AUGUUGAAUAAAAACAUAAUUUUCACAAUUGCAAUUGGUUUCCUUUUGUUUGGAACUUGCAAUGCCGUGUUGAAAACAUGGGUUGGUGCGUUGGGUGCAUUAUUUGGAUUGCCACUCAAUUGGCUACCUGUAGGAUUGCCAGGUAUUCUCGACGAUGUCGUUAUCUCUGGAGUUCAGAGUGCAAUCAGUAACAGCACCUCCAGUAUCAACUCACUGGCACUCGGACUGGAGAAUGCACUCGAUAAAACGAAUUUGACAGUGAGUGGAGUGUUCUAUGUGACGCAGGCCGUUACAGUCAAUCGGUCCGGUAACCUUAUUGCUGUGGAUUCCGGACUGAUCACUUUCGCCACACUCAAUAUCCAUGGUGGAAAUGUCAGUGUCUUGGGACACUACACUUUCAAGGGACCUGUCGUCAUGAGCAAUCUCGCCUCACUCGAUGUCGUCAAUAAAAUAUUGACUCUCGAUACACUGUCCUCGACAUCGUCAAUAGUUAACAUUAAUAACGGAUCGACACUCUUCACGGAUCAAUGGCAAAUGACAAACUCAUUGUUAUUUAAUGAACGAUCCACCAUUGUUCUUACAACACCGAAAACUUCAGGAGUUUUGACAACUUUAUCAAGUCAUUCGGUCAUGUAUUUCGAAUUCAGUUAUUUCUCUGCUUUUUAUCAUGAUGUUUUAUUACAAAAUACUUCAGCUAUCUCUUGUUUCUCAUCAAGUUUACAUCUAAGUAAUAUGACAAUCAAUCUUUACAAUACAACUUAUAUGGAUAUGACUAUUUCCCAACUAACAAUGGAAAAAACAAAUUAUUAUUUAAGAGAUAAUACGAAUUUUAGUUUAUACGACUCUAUGGCAUUGUUCAAUGCCUCCAAUAUGUAUCUUCAUGAAAACUCAAAAGUUUAUUGUGUUAAUUCGAAUAUUACUUUGUUAAAUGCACCAGAUGGUUUCUAUAGUUAUGAUAAUUCACAAAUUUUUGUAACUGGUGCAGAAGGAAUGGUUUUCACUCAUGGUAAACAUUAUAUGUUAAACAGUUCAUCAUAUCUCAUGAAUGAAACAAGCAAGCUUGUAGUUAUUGGUGAAUUAAUUAUGCAAGACUCUUCGUAUUUGGAGAGUAACAAAUCGAAUAUUAUUAUCAAUGGAAAGGUUUCAAUGAGUAACAAUGGUCGAGUGAAGCUAGGAGUUUCAUCGAUACUCUAUGUCAAUGGAACAUUGCAAUUGAACGAUAAAUCCAAUAUUGUUGCAACAGGUUCAUACAUAGUCUGCAAUGGUAAAGCAAAUAUGUUGAUCAACGGUGGAUUAUCAGCAACUUUAUCAGCAAUCGUAGUCAAUGGUUCAAUGACAUCUAAUGGAGAAAAUAAAAUAUAUGGAAGUACUGUAUUAGUUUUUGGAGAGUUUUUGUCAUCCGGUGAUAAUACUUAUACUCUAACGAAUAUUACAACCGGUGGAAAUGCGGUAUUCGAUCAAUCGUUCACAGGAUCAUAUUCGUUUAUCACUGUUAACCAAGGUGAUCUAAUCAUUAAGAAGGGAUCACAAUUCAAAUGCACUCAAUGUAGAAUUGUCAUUGAGAAUGGAAAUUUCGUGUACGACGCCAACUCUACUAUCAAUCUAUACAAUACAUCACUCACCAAUGUCAAUGGAGAGGUUGCUUCCAUUGGAAGCAUCAUUCUCUACAAGGGCAGUACUAUCUCCAACAGCGGAACAUUCAACCUAAGUUCCGACAUCUUAAAAUCCAACGAUGUAACCGAACAAAUUAUAUUCUAUAACAGUGGUCAAUUUUCAACCGAUUCAAUUUCGAAAUUAGAGAUUCCAAUUUCAAAUAAUGGUGCAGUUAAUAUUCAAAAUAAUAGCGAUAUUUAUUUCACAGAGUAUAAUCAAUAUUCAGGUUCUCUUAGUGUUUCACACGGUGCUAAACUAUCGUCAAACAAAACUUUUGUUAUAAAAAAUGGUGUGGUACAAGGAAAUGGUACAAUCAAUGGAAAUGUUCAGAGUUCCGGUAAUUUAGGUUCACAACAAUUCAAUAUCGAUAAAAUGAAUUUAAAUGGUACUCUUACUCAGAAUGGUAAUAUUACAAUCAAUAUUGUAACUCUAGAUGAUUUUUCACAAUUUAAUAUAAGUGACCUUGCAAAGUUUGGUGGUGUUUUAAAUAUUAAUAUCAAUAGUGAUCUUCAUACAAACGAUCAAAAAAAUCUAACGGUGAUGAACUAUAUGAAAUCGGAAGGUUUGUUCGAUUCUAUCAAUAUUAGAACAUUCAAUCCAUCGACUGGUGAGAAAUCGACAACCGGUAAAUGUUCAUACAACGUCAAUCAAUCAGAGAAAUCACUUUCGGUGCUGGUAUCGAGCUGUGACACCGGUAAUAAGAAACUUAGUACAGGUGCAAUUGCUGGUAUCGUCGUUGGUAUCGUAGUGGCAGCAGUAAUAAUCGGUACAGUCAUUCACUACCGAAAUAGAAUUAGAUUAAAGAUUAACUCAUCACAAAAGUUGGUUAAACUUAAGAGUAUGGUUUCACAAAAAUAG